UUACUCGGAACGGACCAUGGUUCUUUGAUAAAAGUCUCAUACUGAUGCGGGAAUAUGAUGGGAACAAUCAACUCUCUAUGCUUUGUUUAAAUUAUGCAUCCUUUUGGUUUAGGCUAUUUGAUCUACCAUUAAAUUGCAUGAACCCAAUGGUGCUUCAUGUGAUUGGUAAUUCUUUUGGGGAAGUGGAAGAUAUAGAUGUACCAAAGGCAAUGCCAGCAUGGGGAGAAUUUUGUCGAGUUUGGGUUAAACUGGAUGUCCGAUUGCCUCUUCCAUGGGUUAAACGUUUGAAUUUACGAGAUUUUGAACCUUGUUGGAUCCAUUUGAAGUAUGAGAAGCUUCAAUGUUUGCUAUUGUUGUGGUAUUUUGGAUCACUCAGACCUUGAAUAUGAUCUAUGGGAAUCUAAUAUGAGUCACUUUUAGAUUGAAGGUUAUCCUUUUGGGCCAUGGUUAAGAGCGGAUGGGAAUUUAUUGUGGAGUCAUGGACGUCUAUCUCGUCGAUCAGAUGCAAAAAAUGAUCUAAAGGGUUUAGUGAAAGGAAAUUAUUCUUUGAUGAGUCGUUCUUUACCGUUUGUGGCUAAACCAAUGGAUUCUUUGGGGGAGGAUGGUAUCAAUGGAGAAACGGAGGAGCAAUCUCGGAAAAGAAUUGUUACUGACGAUGGUUACAUUGGAGAUUGACUUUGGGGAAGUAAUUGGUGAGGAUAACCCUUACUGAAUAUGGUUAUGGAGUGAUGCCAGUUAUUUCUUCAAAUGCUAAAAUGAAGGAGAUGAAGAGCGUGCCAUCUGAUUGGAGGUGUGGGUCUGGAAUGGGCUGUUUUAAUGGGUCCAAAAUGGAUUGCUUGAAUAUAGUUGAUAGCAAGGAUGGGACGGAUCGUGUGAGUAAUCACUUUCAUAUGCUAGGGCAAGUUUCACGUCUAAGUAUAAAUCAGUCAGUUCUACAGAGAAGAAAUUGCAGUGCAGGUUAACGACUAUUGAAGGGAAACUAUCAUCAGAGAUGAAGGGUGGUCCAAUGGGCUUGAAAUUACAAAAUGUAUUGCUAAACUAUCGUCUAGGUGUUUAAAUGUCGAUGGAAUUCAAGAUGCAAAGGACAUCGGGGUUAGGGAUGAGAGGAUUUUUGCUAUGGCGGAGGUGCCGAAUGACAAGGAAAAUUUUAUUUUUCCAUCGCCUAAUUGCUCUAUUCAGAAAAUGGAUGUUCAGCAAGGUGCAAGGAGAGGUCGGACGGCUGGAAUUAAGUUUUUGAGAAGGGUGGAAGGUGUCAUGAAUUUCUCAAGCCAAGGCUUCUGGUUUUAAACCAACCACAAGUAAGUCCCCUUCUUAUUCUAUACCAUUAAAAAUGUUAAAUGAGUUGGAGGGCUAUGCUGAAAAUGAAGUUUUAAAUGAGUUUAAGAGGCUUCGAUCUUUCGAUGAUAGUUGUUUGGUGGAUGUUAAGAUUUUAUCGACGGAGGCUGAUAUUCAGCCCUGCUAGUCACCAUGAAAAUGCUAAGUUGGAAUACUCGUGGGCUCCCAACCCACGGGUUGUUUGUGUUCUUCACAAUGUUGUGCGAAGAGAAGAUCCCAAAAUAUUUUUUGUGAUGAAGACAAAAUGUGAGUAGAAAAAUGGAAAAUCUGAAGUUUGUAUUGGGAUUUAAUGGUUACUUAGCUGUGAAUUGUGAAGGAAGAAGUGGGGGUAUUGCAAUUUUUUGGCAAAAGGGUGUUAUCUUGAAUCUCGUGUCAUUUUCUAAAAACCAUUUUGAUGCUUGGGUUACUGAUUUGGCUAUGAAUUGUCGUUGGCAUUUAACUAUUGUUUAUGGUCAUCUGAAUUCUGUUGGUUGAAAGGGUAUUUGGCAGUUGAUUAAAUCUAUUUCGGGUCCUCUAAUUUCUCCAUGGUUUUGCUUUGGGGAUUUUAAUGAGGUGGUGUCUAAUUUUGGAAAAAUGGGUUGUAGAAUAUGUAAUGAAGGGCAAAUGAGGGACUCCAGGGAUGUUAUUGAUCAUUGUCAGUUUCAAAGUUUACAUAUAGUUGGGGUUGAGGAUUUUUUUCACAUGGUCUAAUAUGCGAUAAGGUGAUGCUUUCAUUCAAUAGAGGCUUGAUAGAUUUUUGGCCAAUCUUGAGUGGAUGUUUUUAUAUCCUUCUACAAAAGUAAAUAACUUUGCUCUUAGUUAUUCGAAUCAUAAUUGUUUACUUCUUGAUACUUGUGGAGUGGAAUUGAGAAUAUGUAGAAGGAGGAAGUUGUUUCAUUUUGAGGCUAUGUAGAUAGGAGCUGAGGGGUGUGAGGAUGUUAUUUGUAAAUCUUGGAAUGCUCGGCCCCAUGACAAUGUUCUGGAUAACUUGCAGCAGUCUCUCCUGCAGUGUAAAAAAGAGUUGCAGAUUUGGAAAUAUCAGUAGUUGGUCACCUUCAUUUUUAGUUAAGAGCAGAACAGGCUGAGUUGGAAAGAUUGCAGCAUAGACCAGGUUCUAUUAUGGACAUUAGAAAUAUUCGUCAAGAUAUAAUUGUGUUAUUGGAGAGGAAGGAAUUGAUGUGGAAACAAAAGAUCAAGGGCUUUAUGGUUACAUUUAGGAGAUAAAAAUUCAAAGUUCUUUCAUCAUAAGGCUUCUUAAAGGCGACAAAGAAAUUCCAUUAUGAUUUUAUUUAAUACUUCUAACACUAUGGAUAUGGAUGCUAUUCUGGAUACUAUUCAACCAAAGGUGACCUCUCAAAUGAAUAAGAUUCUUUUACAACCUUUUGUUGAGGAAGAGGUGAAGGAUGCUUUAUUCCAAAUGCAAUAUAUGAAGGCACUGGUACUUGAUGGUAUAUCUCCUAUCUUCUACCAAAAAUAUUGGCAUAUUGUUGGUGAGUUGGUGGUAAAAAUGGUGUUGGCUAGUCUGAAUCUUGGGUAUAAUCUAGCAUAAGUUAAUAAGAUUUAUAUUAUACUUAUCCCAAAGAACCAAAACUCUAAAAAAGUUCAAGAUUUUAGACCUGUUAGUUUGUGUAACGUGUUGUAUAAGAUAAUGGCUAAAAUGAUUGCAAAUAGAUUGAAGAUUAUCUUGGAUACUGUUAUAUCUCCUAUGCUAAAUGCUUUUGUUCUAGGAAGACUUAUCACUGAUAAUGUAUUAGUAGCUUAUGAAGCAGUCCAUUUUAUUAGAAGAAGAAGAAGAAGGGCCCAAAAUGGUGUUAUGUCCAUUAAAUUAGAUAUGAAUAAAGCCUAUGAUAAGGUGGAAUGGAAAUUUGUGGAAAGAGUGAUGAUUUGAUUGGGGUUUGAUAAUAAGUGGGCGGCAUUGAUUCUUUCCUGCUUAUCUUCAAUUUCUUAUCAUAUUCUUAUUAAUGGUGUGCCUUUGUCUUCUAUUUUGCCUUCUUUGGGUUUAAGACAAGGUGAUUCGUUAUCGCCAUAUCUGUUUGUGUUGUGUGUGGAAAGUCUUUCCUCUCUUAUUCAAGACGCUGAGAAGAGAAGAGUGUCGAGUGAUCUUAAAAUCUGUAAUGGUUCUCCGAUGUUAACUCAUUUUUUUUUUUUUUGCAAAUGACUGUUUGCUGUUUUGUAGAGCAAGUAUAGCUAAAAAUUCUAUUUUGAAAGAUUUACUUAAUUUAUAUGCCAAUGCCUUGGGUUAGCAGGUUAAUCAGGAAAAAAUAGAGUCAUUAUUAAGUAAAAAUAUGAGGGUGUAGGAUGAAACAGCUAUUAAGGCACUUUAAAAUGUUUCGGCUAUUCAACACCAUGCUUAAGUAUUUGGGAUUACCAUCAUUUGUUGGUAGAUUUCGGUGUGCUAUGUUUCAGGAUAUUGAAGCCAAAGUUUGGAAUAAGUUAUAAGGGUGGGAAGAGAAGCUUCUAUCACAAGCUGGCUGGGGAAUUUUAAUAAAGGUUGUGGCACGAGCUUUACCAAAGGCUUUUGUAAAGAGUUGGUGGAAAGUAUGUUUGCUAAAUUAUGGUGGGGGCACUGUGGUGAGGAGAAUCGUAUUCACUGAGCUAGUUGGAAACAUAAGUGUGAGUCAAAGAUGGUUGGUGGAAUAGGAUUUCGAAAUUUGGAAUUGUUUAAUUUGUCAUUACUUACAAAACAAGGAUGACAAUUGAUGCAAAAUUCUGAUUCUCUUUUCUAUGAUGUUUUUAAAGUCAAGUAUUUUCUAAAAACAACUUUUUUAAAGUCUCAACUUGGCAAGAAUCAUUCUUAUGCUUGGAGGAGUAUUUUUGCAACUAAAGAUAUCCUUCUUCAAGGUUGUAUUGGGGGAGGGAAAGAAGAGGAAGAAGUGUUCAAGUUGCUCCCUGCGAUGGAUCAGUUUGACGAGUCUUUCAAGAACCAAAAAGGAGGACCUCUGCAAGUUUUAAAGGUGACAAGAUACGUUAAAGAGAGCGAUACGCUGAGCGAAAUUGAAGAGGGCCUUUUCUUGGGUUCCAUUGGAGCUGCAAAGAACAAGACGGCACUGAAAAGCUUGAAUGUUACACAUGUACUGACUGUGGCUAGUUCAUUGCCACCCGCACAUCCAAAUGAUUUUUUAUAUAAAGUCAUCAAUGUCAUUGACAGAAAAGACACAGAUAUGAAACAGUACUUCACUGAGUGUUUCGAUUUUAUUGACGAAGCUAAAAGAUUGGGCAGUGGCGUUUUGGUUCAUUGCGUUGCGGGAAAAUCCAGAAGGUUGAUUCUUCCUUCCCCAUCUAGUGUGACUAUUGUCGUUGCCUAUCUGAUGAAAAAGCAUGGAAUGAGCCUAUUAAAAGCUCUGGAGCAUGUGAAGAGCAGACGGUCAAAGGCAGCUCCUAAUUCUGGUUUUGUUUCACAACUAAGGGAAUUCGAAAAAUCUCUUCAAGGUGUGUUGUUUGUUUUGUAUAAGAAUUUGGAUUUAUUUGCAUAUCUUAAUUAGAACCUCAUCUUGCUUGGCACGUGCACAAAGUUUUUGAAGAGAUCAAGGUAAACAAUGUAGUUUAGCUGUGGAACUUUCUGAGAAUUCUUUUAUUUUGCUCAAGAAGUUAGUCCUUAACCCUGUUGAACCUUUUAAAAUCAAACAUAGAUUGUUGUUUUAUCAUUUAAAAAACCUUGCGCUUUUUAGUGAAGGAUGAAUUAUUUUAUAAUUCCAACGGGGUUAUAUGGAGAUCUGGUUUGUAAUAUGCUAUACUUAACACACCCUCUAAUAUCAUUUUUUGAGUAGUAGUCUGUAAGAAUGGUGAAGAUUUCUUACUUAAAGAAGAAUGGUGAGUAUUUUAUGUUUGCAUUUAGUGGAUGGUUCACUUGAGUCUUUGUCUGAAGCAAACAUCUUUUUGUUUUCUUUUUCUAGUUUAUAUUUUGAAUUUACUUCAAAUUAUAUCUGUUUUGCAUGACCUUUAUAAUGCGUCAA